UGCUUGAUCCAAGGAAGAAAAUGAGGUUUUUGAAGUUUUCUUUUUCUGAAAUUUAUGGGGAUGAAGUGGCUAAUGAGAUGGUUGACUUGGUGGGGAAUUUCAUGGCUAGGUUGUAUGAUGAUUACUCUAGGGUUGAUUCACCAAAUGUGGUGCUACCAAGUGAGAAUGAGAGGACACACAUGGAAGGUGAUACAGUUGGUUGUAGUGAUCCAUAUGCAAUGGUUAAUUCACGAUAUGAGCGGUUUUUAGAGGCUGAGAAGUCUAUAGGGUGUAGCAAUGAGAUGGAAAAAUAUUUGGCUGAAAAUUGUAAGAGUAGAAGGGAUGUGAAAUUUGAGAUUUUGGGGUGGUGGAAAGCCAAUUCAGAUAGGUAUCCAGUGCUGUCCAAAAUGGCUAGGGAUGUGCUGGCUGUACCUGUUUCUACAGUUGCUUCUGAAUCGGCUUUUAGUACCGGAGGGCGCAUACUUGAUCCAUUUCGAAGUUCACUCUCCCCUCUCAUGGUUCAAAAUCUUGUUUGUGCUCAAAACUGGCUGCAAGCCCAUGUCCCAAUUUCUUUUCGCAAGUCAAAGGACGAGAUGGAGGCCUUGGAGGAUGAAUUUCAUGAAUUAGUUUUAAAUCAAGCAACAACAGCAGCAAGUUCUAGUUCCUGUUCAAACAAAGGUGGUACUCGUACCACAGUCAAUAUUGAUGAAUGAUCACUGAUUGGGAGGAUGGAAGGUCGCCUUUUGUAUAGGAGGCAGUUUUUUUGGAUAUAUUUUGAAGCUUUUUUGGACAGAUGUGUAGCUUUUCUAAUUAUACAUGAACUCUUGUCUUGCUUAGAGGAAGGAAAAC